GUGGUGUUGGUGGUGGUGGCGGUGUUGGCGGUGGUGGUGGUGGCGGUGGUGGUGGUGGUGGCGGGGACCUGGCCAUCCGCCAGGACGGCGCCGGCUCCAUGCUCGUGCCGGGUCUGAGCGAGCGGCCGCUCUCCGGAUUCCGUGACUUUGAGCGCCACUUCCUGCCUGCCACGGAGCGCCGCACGACGGCGUCCACGGCCCUCAACGCCCGCUCCAGCCGCUCGCACUCCAUCCUGCUGCUCAAGGUGGUAAAGUCAGAACAGCGGGCACCAUACCGCACGCUGCUAGGCAAGCUCUACCUCAUCGACCUCGCCGGAUCCGAGGACAACCGGCGCACCGGCAACAUGGGCAUCCGGCUCAAGGAGAGUGGCGCCAUAAACGGCUCUCUGCUCGUGCUGAGCAAGGUGGUGGACGCCCUCAACAGCGGCUCCGCACGAGUCCCGUUCAGGGACAGCAAACUAACGCGACUGCUGCAGGACUCGCUGGGCGGCAGUGCACAUGCGGUUCUCAUCACGAACGUUGCUCCCGAGCUUCCGCACUACUUCAACUCCCUCAACGCCCUCAACUUCGCCGCCAAGUCCAGGAGCAUCGUCAAUCGUCCCUUCACUCACUCAGCACCGCAGCCUGCCGCCCCCGCAGCCCCCUCAAAGCGUGGCCCUGUGGAGGAGGAGACGCGGAGAGACGCGGAGAGACGCAGAGACGCGGAGCCGGAACCACCCCGACCCCAAGCCUUCUUACUCAGCCCCCUGCUGCAGCGGCAGCAUGCGUUUGAGACGGACAUUGAGCAGCGCAUGGGGAGGCUGGAGUCUGUGAUCCUGCGCGUUCAGAACUCGGCACCUCGCACUCCGCGUGGGGAGAGGGCUCGGGCACUCCCACUCAUACAGCAAAUGAAAGUGCAGCCACUGAAGGCGCUGAACCUGGACCCGGAGUCCAACCGGGGUACAAGGAAAGUCAAAAGGCAGGCGAGGGUAGCUCCACUCGCCGCACACAACUCUGUGGACUCGCAUCGAGUGAAGAGAUCCAAGCCGGACGAGCCGUUGGCCGAGGGCGACGAAGUGGCGGUGACCCCGUUGCCGGACGAGGACGAGCUCAGGCGCCGGAUUCUGAGCAAGCUCAACGAUGGCGGGAUCCGCUGUCUCAUGGAGCUGCAGAAGAUCGGCAGGAAGAGGGCCGAGCUGCUGCAGGGCUGGAGGACAGUGCGGGGACCCUUCACUCGGAUCGAGGACCUGGAAAAGGUGGAGGGGAUGACGGCCAAGUGGGUGGAGUCGUUUAUCAAGGCAAACUUGCUGGUGCAGAUUUGACAGGAGGGGUGGAGGUUGCGCGGGAAGGACAGCAAACUAAACACGCAGACUCACUGGUUUUAAAUACAUUCGUUUUCAAUGCAAAA